ACAAUGCGUCAUACUUCAGAUGGCGUAGGAAAGGUUCAAACAAGUUUAUUUUGCUCAUUAUUUUAUAUUUAGUUUUAAUAAUUUUUGCGGUGCUCUAUUAACAAUAGAAUAGAUAAAGUUAUUAUCGAUUUAAAGAUAAGUAUUUUGUUGCUCAACAACAAUGAACUAACGUCAAUUUUAUUCUUUUGUCUUAAAUAAUGGAUGGAUCUCUGAAUUCUCAAAUUAACCAAUACAAGCGUGUGAUACGAUCGGACCUAGACGACUUUACGGAUUUCUUGAUAUCCAAAAAAAUUUUAAACGAAAAACAAUACAAAGCAGUAUGGAAAAAAGAAAAACAUGAACGAAUUGAUGAAUUGUUCAGUGAAAUUCACUCGAACGGUAAUUUGGAAUUGGUGUUGAAAUAUCUUAGAAACACAUAUCCAGAACACGAGAGGGAUAUACUCGAAAAAAGAAAUUUUCGGUUAUCGUUCGUCAGAGGAGGCUUCCCUGAAUUACCUCCCAAUUAUGUUCCUAGAGAAAGUUUGGAAUGGUGUAAAUUGGUAAACGCUGUCAAAGCCAAUCUACAAGAUCUCAAUUGGGAUGAGACUCUUGUAAUACACGGUAUGAUGGGCUACGGAAAAUCCUGUCUCAUAAAUAAUGUUCUGAGAGAUGAAACGGUUCGACAAUAUUUCGACAACUACAUUUUUUGGAUAAAUUUGGGCGAUUGUCAUAGCAAGGAAGAUGCUUGGCAGCCCAUGUGGAGAUUAUACACUUCGGCGUGUUCUGUACUGGAAACUAAGAUCUCGCAUUGUCACGAUGACCAUAAAGUCCUAAUAGACUCAUUAACAAAAAUAUUUUUGAACGAAAGACUGAGAAACGCAAUUAUAAUUUUAGACAAUGUUUCCAAGAGAGAAGUAUUGGCAUGUUUCGACAUUAAAGUGAAAACUAUCAUCACAACGCAGUACAAAAAUAUUAUAAACGGAGACCAUAUCAGAAGAGUAGAAGUUUCAACUGGAUUUUCCUCGGCGGAGUCGUUGGAAUUGUUUAAAAAAUCGUUAAAAACAAAUCAUGAUCUACCGGGUGCUGCCGAAGAGAUUCACAAUAUUUGCCAGGGGCAUCCGAUGUUGAUAUCACUUAUCGGUUCGUAUUUGAGUGAAAAUAUCGAAGACGUUAGAGCCGGACAAGUGGAAAUAUGGAAAUACAUCAAACAGAUGCUCCUGAAAGGAAAUUAUAGCUUGAAUCAAUACACCGAAGGACACGUAAACAUAAAUGAAAUGAUUAAUACUUGCGUAGAAAAAUUACUCACUGAUAAUUUAAGAGAAUUAUAUCAAACUUUGGCGGUUUUUGAAAAGGAUGUUAACAUACCGCCAGUCGUACUUCAAAUCCUUUGGGAUAAAGAUCCUUCGGAGGUGCGCAAUAUCAUGAACAGCUUCGCUGAAAAAUCCCUGAUAGUUCGUUUCUAUCACAAUGAUCUCAAGACUUACAUUUAUGGUAUUCACGAUAUAUAUUUGAACUACCUCAAGAAAAUUACUAAAAAUAACACUAAAGACUUGCAUAGAAGACUUUUGGCUGGAUACGAUAGGGUGACCAAUAGGAAUUAUGCCAAUUUACCGAACGACAAUUACACUUUACAGUUUAUCGGGCAUCACAUUUACCACGGCGAGGAUUUCGAUAAAUUUCAGAUAUAUUUGAAUUUGAAAUUUUUGGAAUUGAAAAUAAAAUCUGUCGGUACCGAAGAUACUUAUAGGGACAUGGAAAAAUACGAAAUUUAUAUAACGAGAAAAGAAUCUUUUUUGAAAGAAAAAUUGAAACAAUACAAGGAUUUUAUAAAACGUUGCGGUGGUAAUUUGUACAGUUACGAAAAGACAGACAUUAUACAAUACGCUUUGAAAGAAAACCGUGACAGUUUCGUAUUUAAAGAUGCCCUACAUUUUGCCAAAUCGUCGUCCCACCUCUACUUACAGCUACAGAAACCAAUCGAGGAAUUUGACUAUUCACAAAUUAUUAACAUAAAAGAUGACAUAACUUCCGCUUGCUUUUUCGAUUCGCCGCAUCACAUUUUAAUCGGUACCACCAACGGCAAAAUUAAAUUGUUUUACGAACAGAGUUCAAAAGAAAUAUCGAAUUUCGUCGGUCACGCCGGCGCCAUAAUGAGUAUGAUAAUCAGUCCUGACAGGAGGUACUUUUUGUCGGUAUCUCGUGACGGUACUGUCAUAUUAUGGAAAUUCGCCGCGGACAGUACGCGGAACAGUCUAGAUCUCAGUACCGGAUGUCUCAUAUCGCCUAAAACGAAACAAUCUUAUUGGCAGGAUAUCCAUACAGCGGAUCGUGGUCAAAUAUAUCCGAGAAAAAAAUUCAAAAUACCCAAUUAUAAAGAAUAUUUGAUAUCGGCUGCUUUCCAUAACGAUUUUCCUGAUACGUUUCGGAUAGCAACUGGAAGUAACGAAGGGAAUGUUACUAUUUGGGAUGCUCACAACGAAGUCGCUUUAUAUGAAACCGGUCGUAAAGGAAUGCCGGUACCUUGUAUACUAUACACAAAUAUAGAGGGUGACGAAUCUGUUAUUUUCGGUCUGGACGACAGCGUCUUCAUAUACAAAGUGAUCAACGAUAAAUUUCAAUAUUUUUAUCAAUUUCACAACAACAUCGUUUGCAAUUCGAUAUUUUUGUGUUACAAUCAAUUUUGGGUGGUUGGGGAUACGAAUAUUACGAUGUGGAGUGGCAUGAAAAAGAAAAUUAUUUUCGAAAACGACGAAGUUAAAAAUAUUUGUUCGACUUUAACUGACGAUAAUCGAUAUCUGAUUGUUAGUACUGAUCGGAGUACUGUUCGUAUAUGGAAUAUCGAACAACAGAAGAUUCUGAGGGAAUUUAGGAACAGAGGAUUAGCAAAUUCCUUGGAUACUUUUUACGACGAAGAUAAUUCCGUUCACAUACUAUUAAUUGGUUCCGAUAAAAAGACUUUGCAACAAUGUCACAUACAACCCUGCGAACGAGAACCUCAAGUUAGGAACAUUCCAACUUUCACCCCGUAUUGGAAAAAGAAAAACGCCCUAACCGCCACAUCGGAUCACGAAAAUAGAUUGCAGAUUUUCAACAAUUACAGUUUGAUAUCGGAAAGCGAACCAUUGGGAUCCCAAAUAACUUGUACUUGCUUUUCGGUGGAUGGUGAUACAGUAAUAUACGGUAUGGAAAAUGGGGAAAUACGUUUAUUUAAGACUCGUACAAAGGAAGAAAUUAUUUUGGAAAAGGCGAAUAAUCGACCGAUAACUUUUUUAAAAUGUUACGAUCCCACUAAUUCCUAUUUGUAUACCAAACCGUUUGUUAAUUCCGGUGAAAAAUUGGACAGUCUAGAUUUUUUCGAUCCAUAUAUAGGUAUAAUAGUGUCAGUAACCGGUACGGAUACAGUAACUGUUUACAACGAUAAAAAAAUAUACAAAAGAACGAUACAACACCCCGUAAUUUUCCACGUGUCUAAACAACUGUUGAUACUCGAUUCAGUAUGCAAUAUAUACGAGUGGGAUGUGGAAAGUGAUGAAUUCAAUCGAAUAAACAAUAAUAAUAUUUUGGAAACUGUAGAUUUGAAGGUAGCAGCGUUCUGUUCCCACAAAUAUUUAAUCGGCGCCGUUUACGAUCAAUGCAACAAUCAUUUUUGCGAUAUUUACAAUUGGAACAACGAAAAUUCCACGGUGCAGUUAUUGAAUAGGAUCGGUAUCGAAGAAAAAGUUACUACGGUCAAAUUUUCUUGUGACGGAUGUCUUUUAGCCAUCGGAAUGUCUUCUGGUGCUAUCAAAGUAUUCAAUCUGGAUCAACAGUAUAAGAGCGUUUCUUUGUUGUUACACGAUGACGAAGUACAAGAUUUGAUAUUUUCUCCUCACAAGGAACCGAUUUUGGUGAGCGUUGGUGAGGAGAUCGCCUGGUGGAAUCUCAAAACGUUUCAGAACGUCAAAACGAGAAAGGGGAGACCCAAAAGCAUCGAUAUAUUAGAAAGUCUAGUAUCAGAUCUAAAUUCGAUGGACGUAUCUUUUUGGUCCGAACGCCAAAUUUUGACCGGUACCGAAUAUCUUCUUUCGUUGAUAAGAAUGAAACACAAAGUGAAAUAUAUAUCGGCCUCCAACGAUUUCAAUUCCUUUUUAACCAUCGAUACGAGCGGAAAAAUUUAUAUAAUGGAAAUUGUUCAAUCUACAAAUAACAUUUGAAUUUUCAAAAUUAGUGCAAUAUUUAAAAAAAAUUCUCAAAUAUCAAUUUUUUGAACGCUUCUCUAUAUACUUUGAGGUAAAUCGAGUCUCGUAUCAAAAUAUGUGAAUUUAUAAUGUUUCAACAGCACCCUCUAAACAGUAGAUCACUCAAAAUUUUUAAAAAUUUCUAAAAUAGUCAAAAAACAUUAUAAAUUCACACAUUUUGAUACGAGACUCGAAAAAAAAUUUCUUUGGACCACCCUAAUAUACAUAUAUAUAUAUUUAUACAGGGAGAAGCAUCUUUAAUUGACGUUUAACAGGUUUUUAAUUUUAUUUUCGAGGUGCAAUAUGAGAAUUGCAACUACCGAAUAUAUUUUUAUUUUUAAUAUAAAAAAAUUAUUGAAUUUUUUGCUCCGGCAUUGAUUUUUGUGAUGACAUUUCGUGAUGUAGCUUAAAGUAAAAGGAGUUUUCGUAACUUUUUUGUCAUUAAUCGAAUAUUUAUUAUCGUUUAUAAUUAUUUGUGUGGUACACUCCUAGAUUUUUAUUCAUAAUUAUUUAAAUCAUAUUUUUACUAAUGUCUUUCGAUUAAUAUUUAUACAAAAGAUUUUUAAUUGUGUAAUUGUCUCUGUUUCUAUUUUAUGUAAUUUUUUGUUUUUAAUCAACAAAAUUUUAUGAUUUGAACAAUUUCCCAUCGACAGUGAACCACACAUUAUAUUAAAAAAUUUUUUGUGAUGUAAAUCAUUAGUUUUUAGUUAUCGAAAAAUGAAUACGAAUAAAUUUCUAACCUAAAAUGAAAAUUAAAAACAUUCCAAUGUAAAAAUCUGAUGAUUUAUAUCGAAUAUUUACUAGUUAUUUAGUGAUUAUAAUGAAAUUAUGCUGCUUUGAGGUGAUACCGUCACUAUAGUCAAUUUUUUCUUGUUCACUAAUCGUUAAAAAGUGAACGGAAUCAUUCGAUAAUGCAGUAAUGAGAAUAUACUUUGUAUCUUGUAAAUAAUUUAUAUAUAAUAAUAACCGUUUAUUAAGACUAAGAGCUAAUCGCAGAUAUUUCACAUAAAAAACUAUUUUUUCACUUUUAUUUUGUUCGUAGCAGUUUUUUGGUAUCAUUUUGUUUUAUAAUGACAAAUUUCUCACUCUGAAAUGGCGUCUAAACUUCCUGUACUCCAUCGCUGCCUCUAAAAUAUUUCAAACUCUAUAUGACAAUGUCCAAAAUUGAUUUGUCGUGAUUAUUCUACUGAUCUCAUUACUUCUAAGAUAAUUUACAGCUCAAUAACAAAUGUCACAUUACAAAAUGGCGUUCAGACUUAACCAUUACAUUGAUCUCAUCUUCCCCAACGUUUUGUUCUACGAUAUAAUUUUCCAAUCGACAAGAGAAAGUGUUAAUUUUCUUUGAUUCCAUUAGUAGUAAAUUUUCGGUCGAAAGAAAACAAAUCUUCCACUCUAUAAUGGCGCCCAAACUUUCUAAUGCUUAUUAUAUCAUAUUGAUGGUAUUGUUUUUUCAAAAAUCAAUUUAAGCCCGACAUAAAAACAUUCAAUUUUGCUUUGAUUUUGUUUGUAGCAGAUUUUUGACAUUCAUUGAUUGAAAAAUGACAAAAUGGACGAAUUUCUCAAUCCAAAAUGGCGUCUAAAUUUGGUUUGAUUUGCCCUUUACAUUGAUUUGAUUUCUUUUUCCAAAAAUCAUUCAAAGACCAACACGAAAAUAUCAAAUUUUGCUUAUAGUAGAUUUUUGACAUUCGUUGAUUGAAAAAUGACAAAAUGGACGAAUAUUUCAAACCAAAAUGGCUUUUAAAUUUUGUUUGAGUCGUCCACUACAUUAAUUUCAUAAUAUUUCAUUGCAUUUUCCAAAAUCAUUUGUGUCUCAACGUGAAUAUGUCAAAAUUCAUUUUUUAUUUUGUUAUCAGCAGUUUUUUUUUAUUGUGGUACUUUUUAAACAUUCUUAUAUUGAAAAAUAACAAAUUUCUAGCUCCAAAAUGGCGCCUAAACUCUAUUUGUCUUACCAACUAUUGACAUUUUCAACGUUUUUCGACCUAAAAUGGCGCCCACACUAUUUAUUUAUCCUUCCCAUACAGUUCAUUUUUGUUUUUUUUUCUUGUAGAUAUAAUUACAAACAUCCUAUAUAUAUAACUAACCUUGUUAGGUUUUUAGGCUUUCUUAUAUUGAACGAUAACAAAAUUAGUACCUGACAUUACAAAAAGGCUUCUAAACAUUCUAUUCAUACCUCAAUACAUUCUUUUAUAGAGUCAAAAAUUCUGUUUCGAUCACCUAUUACCAAAAUAUCAUUUUCCGAUACAAUACUUCAAAUUUUUUUGUUUUAUUUGUUAAAAGAUGAUAAAAAUUGUGUCUUAGAUUUCUAUUUUCCUCUAAUUAAACCAAAAAUUUUCUUCUAAACACUUUUAUAAACAAUUUUCAUUUUUAUUUUUUGCUUUUUUCUAUUUGUGACAGUUUUCAUACAUCCUCACAUCAAAAUAUUCUCUAAGGUGGCGCUCAAAUUUUAAAAAUUUAAUAUGACACAGUAUUAAACUGAUCCAAAAGCUCUCUAUAAGUAUAUACAGGGUGAGAAAUAAAUAUUGCAGUAUCCAUGGUCAAUAUUACAGAUUUUGGUUAGUUCCUCAAAUUAUUUAUCUUGUGUCUCUUAGUCUUUUAAUCCUAAUUAGGAAAAAAAAAUAGUUUUAAGGUUUUUUUUUCAGAAGAAAUACAUAUUGAUAUUGAAUUUUUACUCUUUUUUAUCCAAUUACCACUAUUAUAUGUUGUAAAUAGCUUUAAACUAUUUUUUUAUUAUUAUUUAUUUUGUAUGUUACAAGUUAAUGAUUUUAUAUCGUUUUUUUUAUUAUUAUUGGGUUUAAUUUUAUCAUUAACAAAUUAUUUUAAAUAUCGAAAAAAUUAUUAUUGAUAUUUAUUUUUCCUAAUGUGCUGUAAAAUAGUAUCUAAAUCGAAAUUUACUGUUUUUAUAAUUGUCGAUAUUAAAAAUUUUUAAUUAUCGAACAAUUUAUCAAAAACUUUAAAAUAAAAAUAAACAGCACAUUAGAAAAAAAAUCUUUUUGAGAUUCAAGUGAGUAUUUUUGUAAUAACUAUUUUUGCAUUUGUAGCUUUCAUUUAUAGCAAAUUAUUAAUUAUAUUUGUUAACGUUUGUAUGUCAAAUUAAAAAAAAAAAAAAAGAUUUUAUGAAUUUUUUAAAUAUAUCACACUUAGAUAACAAGAAAUGAUUAUUAAUUGUGGCUCAUAUAUUGAUAUUUAGUACAUACUCUUUAAUCUAUUUUUUAGCAAUCGAUUAUUUAUAUCGAGGCCAAACUUUUACUGCCAUAUUGUUGUGAAAAACAUAUACUUUGUUGUAAAAUUUCGGUUAUUUUUCUAUUACCAAUAUAAUACCAUUUUUCUAUAA